UUAUAAACUAAGAGAAUUACUUGACUGAGUAUGAAAUAUGAGAAAUAUUAUGCUUGUACUCAAAGAACUCCAUUUGCUUGUGAGGAUAUCAAACUGCUUUUCUUAAGCUUUCACGUUUCUUGUCUUCUCAAACCGAGGGAGAAGAAUGGAGAAAACAACGGUGGAAACAAUGAGGUUUCUGGCAUUAAUGGUGGCUCUGUUUCUAGCUGCUCCAGCAGCUCAGUCAUGGAGCAAGGAGGGGCAUAUCAUGACCUGCAGAAUUGCUCAGUCUCUCCUGGAUGAAGGCCCAGCAGAAGUAGUCCGAAACCUGUUGCCAGACUACGCCGAGGGAGACUUAUCAUCUCUCUGCGUUUGGCCAGAUCAAAUCAGGCACUGGUACAAGUACAGGUGGACAAGCCCUCUUCACUUCAUUGACACACCUGAUAAAGCUUGCAACUUUGAUUAUUCAAGAGACUGCCAUGACCCUAAAGGAACAGAAGACAUGUGUGUUGCUGGAGCUGUUUCCAAUUUCACCACUCAGUUGCUGCACUACCAUCAUGGCACUUCCGAUCGCCGAUAUAAUCUCACAGAAGCUUUGCUAUUUCUAGCUCAUUUCAUGGGGGAUAUUCAUCAGCCAAUGCAUGUUGGAUUCACCAGUGAUGAAGGAGGGAACACAAUUCAGGUGCGAUGGUUCAGGCACAAAUCUAACUUGCAUCAUGUUUGGGAUAGAGAGAUAAUCCUUACAGCAUUGGCAGAUUAUUAUGAGAAAGAUACUGAACUCUUUCUGAAGGAUCUCCAGAAUAACCUCACUCAAGGUGUUUGGUCUGAUGACAUAUCAUCUUGGGGAGAGUGUGAGGAUCUGUCUUCUUGCCCUACAAAAUAUGCUACAGAGAGCAUCAACUUGGCCUGCAAGUGGGGCUACAAUGGCGUAACGCAGGGAGAAACUUUAGCAGAUGAAUACUUUGAUUCACGGAUGCCGAUCGUGAUGAAACGGAUCGCACAGGGAGGGGUGAGAUUGGCCUUGAUUUUGAAUCAGGUGUUUGGAGAUCAAAAGCAUCAUCAUAUUCCACCCCCAACCUAAUUUUUUUUUUUUA